AACUGUCCACUAAGGAAAAAGAGGUGAGUGAUGAUGAAAAUGAAAGGGUGGAGGAUUAGGACUGAGUUGGCUACACACUACACUUUGAUCAGAACACAGCAGAAGCGAAGAUGAACAGAACUGAGCCAUUUAAUGAGAGGUCCAUUUACUACUAUACUACCAUACUAGAGCAUAGUAUGUAUAGAAGUUCGCGUUAUUGAAGGGAUGCAAAAGAGAAAGCUGAAGUGUCAGUUUUGGCGUGCACAACUCAGCAACUUGCACCCCAGAAAUUGAAUGGUGUCUACACACUUUCUCACCACAAAUCAAAGACCAAAAUGCAUUAGGAAAAGUGUAACAAAGUGGCAAUGUUCAAGGCUGCUAGACACAACACAACACAACCUUGGUUUCUUAACACUUUGGCAUUUUCUGUACUUUGAGUUACACAUGAGAAAAAGAAACCGCUUCACCUCAGUCUCUGCUUGAUUGUUCUUUUUCUUUUUACUUUUUUCCUUUUUUUUUGUGUGUUUUCUCCUUCAGCUUCUGGCUUCCGUGGCUGUGUUGAAAGUUGGGACUUGAAACUCAGUUUGGUGCUCCUGACUCCAUACACAAACAAACACACUGUCAUGCACAGCAACAACACCUGUUGCACUGCACCAUUUGUCUUGUACAUCUUCUAUUGAACUCCCACUGUGCGUGAGUCUCUUGCCACUGUGAUUCUGGUUUGCAGGUUUUCAAACUUCAACCAUAUAAAAAAGGAGAAAAAAAAAAGCAUUACAAGUAUAGAUUUAGAUAUAUAAAUUGAUGCUGGAUUUGGAACUUGGAGCUUUAAGGGCACUAGAGGUGUCGUUGGUGUGAAUCUUUAUUGGCUUUUAAAAAACAAAGAAACAGAAAGUGAAAGAUAAAGAAAUAUGGGAAAGUGAGGUGGAGUCAGAUUUGUGUCUCUGGUUUGAUAAUUGUUUAGUGUUAACACUCUGUUGGCUGUGUCCCCUGAGCUGACUCGGUGCGCCCGGGCUCCGUGGGCUUUGCCGCCGACCAAGGAAACAAUCUCUUGGUGGAGUCUCUUCCCAUUUAAGAGAACCUUUGCUUAAAAAAUUGGACUCUCUCAUCUCUCUCAUUAUUCAUUCACCUUCUGCCUUGUUUGCUGUAAAGAUUCGGUCAUACUCUGCACUAUUUAACCUUCCUGCUCUAAAACCUUCCUUUUCUCUCUUAAGCCAACAAACAACCUUGGAUUAAUCUUAGUGUGAGUUGGCCCUCAGACCUGAGCCUGUCUUCUCUUUCCUGGGGAAAUUUUGUCUGCUACAUGUGUAGGGAUGUUUAUUGGGGCUAUCUAUGAUUUAUUGGAUUUAGAGAUCAGCUACUGAUAGUGGUGAAAUCUGUUUUUCUCUUGUUUCAAUCGAGUUGCCCUCAGCUGAGAGCAAGCAGAUCUUAUACUGUCAAGAUGAAGUUCAUGAAGCUUGGAUCCAAGCCUGAUACCUUUCAGACUGAUGGGAACAAUGUUAGGUAUGUGGCAAGUGAGUUGGCGUCAGAUAUUGUUGUUAGUGUAGGAGACAUCAAGUUUUAUUUGCAUAAGUUUCCUCUCCUUUCAAAGAGUUCACACUUACAGACAUUGAUCUCCCUCAACAACGAAGAAAAUUUAGAUGAAGUUCAGAUUUCUGACAUUCCCGGUGGUGCAACUACCUUUGAAAUAUGUGCUAAGUUUUGCUAUGGUAUGACUGUUACCCUCAAUGCUUACAAUGUAAUAGCAACUCGGUGUGCAGCAGAGUAUCUUGGAAUGCAUGAGACCAUUGAGAAAGGAAACCUCGUUUACAAGAUUGAUGUUUUCCUUAGCUCUAGCAUUUUCCGUAGUUGGAAGGAUUCAAUCAUCCUUCUUCAGACAUCAAAGUCUAUGUUACCUUUGGUUGAGGACCUAAAGGUUGUCAGCCAUUGCGUUGAUUCCAUUGCAAAUAAGGCAUGUGUUGAUGUAUCCAAAGUUGACUGGUCCUACACCUAUAACCGGAGGAAGCUUCCAGAGGAAAAUGGGAUUGAGUCAAACCAGAAUGGGCUCAGAACAAGACUGGUUCCAAAAGACUGGUGGGUAGAAGAUUUAUGCGAGCUUGAAGUUGAUCUAUACAAGUCUGUGAUUACAAAUAUUAAAUCCAAGGCAGUUCAAUCCAAUGAAGUAAUUGGUGAAGCUUUGAAAGCAUAUGCUUACAGAAGAUUGCCAAAUUUCAGCAAGGGUAUGAUCCAGUGUGGGGAUGUGUCAAAGCAUCGUGUAAUAGUUGAAACUAUUGUGUGGUUGUUGCCUACUGAGAAAGGCAGUGUUCCUUGUAGGUUCUUACUCAAGUUGUUGAAAGCUGCCAUUUUUGUAGAAUCAGGAGAUAAAACUAAAGAAGAGCUGGUAAAGAGAAUUGGGCAGCAGCUGGAGGAGGCUUCUGUAAGUGAUAUUUUGAUUCAAGCACCAGAAGGGGAUGCUACAAUGUAUGAUGUUAGUAUAGUAAAAAACAUUGUUACAGAGUUUUUUACGAAAGAUUACAAUGCCGAGAUUGAAUCAGUUGCGGGUGGUGAACUAGAGGGAAUAAGAAAACCGGGGAUUUUAUCAGAUGCUUCCAAGCUGAUGGUUGCAAAACUGAUAGACGGAUACCUUGCUGAAAUUGCAAAAGAUCCCAACUUACCUUUGUCUGAUUUUGUUAAUCUUGCUGAGUUAGUGUCUAGCGUCUCUCGUCCAGCUCAUGAUGGCCUUUACAGGGCUAUUGAUACAUAUCUGAAGGAGCAUCCUGGGAUCAGCAAAGGCGAAAAGAAGAGGAUAUGCAAGCUGAUGGAUUGUAGAAAGCUAUCAGUUGACGCAUGCUUGCAUGCAGUGCAAAACGAGAGACUACCAUUGCGUGUAGUUGUGCAGGUACUAUAUUUUGAGCAGUUAAGAACUGCUGCAUCAUCCGGCACUAGCACUCCUGACAUACCUAGAGGAAUCAAAGACUUGAACAAUGAAUCCAAUGGAAGCUCAAGGUCAGGGACAACUAACCCAGAAGAUGAGUUGGAUGCUGUGGCCACAGCUGAGGAACUGAAAGCAUUAAGAAAGGAACUUGCAUCAUUGAGGCUGAGCAAUGGAGUUGCAAACAAUGACAAAGAUGGAGAUAUCAAACCCAGCAUGGACAAAGCUGUCAUUGGCAAGGUGAAAGGGUUGCUCAAGUCAAAAAAGUCUUUCAUAAAGCUUUGGGCCAGCAAAGGGGGUCAAGGGGAAAAUAGUGGCUCAGACUCCUCAGAGAGUAUUAGUUCUGCUAACCCAGAAGAAGCCAAAUCUACUCCUUCUAGAAAUAGGAGACAUUCAGUUUCAUGAGAGUAGUUUGGUUCGUUUUGUUGGCUUUUCUAUCAUUGUUUCUUUUCUUUCUUCCUUUUUAUUAUUACUAGUUCACUAUUACAAGAUUCCAACACUAGUGGUUUAUAUCUUCUAUAUUGAGUAGAGUACAUAUAGUUUAAAAUAGUAGAGUUGUGAAGAAUGGAAAUCAUGUAAUCAAAACAUCUAUCCCAUCAAUAGUUUUUAA